CGGAAAACAUAUAACCGCGACCAUGAACUUGAAUGGAAUAAUUGAGAUAUUUGUUCCUUUGGACUUUUCGCUAUCUUCAAAACUUGCUUGAAUCAUCAUGGAACAAGACCGCGAAACUGGAGUCGAAGAAAUUCUAUCGAAUGGCCAGCGAGGCUACUUAUUUACAAACUGGGCGAAAACGUUCUCGUGUACACCAGAGCUAUUUUUCGUACCAGAAUCUAUUGAAGAUAUCAGACAAAUCCUUCGUGUGGCCACUAAGUUAUGUAAGACUGUCCGUGUUGUGGGCGGAGGACAUUCGCCAUCCGAUAUUGCCUGUACUGAUGGGUACAUGAUUAGUUUAAAAAAUAUGAAAGCGGUUUUGGAGAUAGACUAUGACAAGAAACAAGUGACAGUUGAAGCUGGUUUGAUGGUUAGUGAACUCAACGAGUUUUUGGCUGACUAUGGCUUAGCAUUACCCAGUCUUAGUUCAGUGUCAGAGAUUUCAUGUGCAGGUGCCAUUGGUACAUGUACACAUGGUUCAGGAAAAAACUUUGGCAUUUUGGCUAUGUCAGUUGUAUCCCUUGAACUGAUGACAGCCAGUGGUAAGGUCCUCUACUGUAGUAGAGAGAAAAACAAGGAAAUAUUCCUAGCUGCACUUUGUGGUCUUGGUGCUGUUGGGAUAAUUCUCAGUUUGACUUGGCAGUGUGAAGAGGCUUUCAAAUUACAGGAGACAAGCAAACCUUUAAUGCUGGAGGAGAUGUUAGAAAAUCUUGAAACAAGCAUAUCAUCCAGUGAUCAUUUCAAGUUCCAUUGGUAUCCACACACAGGAUAUGUCAAAUGCUAUGAGGUCAAUAGGACUGCCAAGCCCAUAGAUGACAAUCCAAGUUGGUUUUGGGACUAUGCUGUGGGUUAUUACUCCUAUGAGCUUGUGCUUUGGUUAAGCUCAUUUGUGCCACCUUCCAUACGAUAUGUGAACUGGGGUCUUUUUAAACUCUUCCACUGCAAACCUCACAGCAGAGUGAAUCAAAGCCACAAGGUUUUUAACUUUAAUUGCCUGUUCAAGCAGUAUGUGACAGAGUGGGCCAUUCCCCAGCCUUAUGAAAAAUCACUUCCACAUGAAAAUUAUUGGGAAUACUAUGAAAACCUUAUGCUUUCAGUUGGGGGCAAGCCGCACUGGGCAAAGGCGCACAAGUUGACAUCAUCGGAUUUUGAAAAAUUAUACCCCAAGAUACACAAGUUCCGAGAGGUCUGCCAGAAGUUAGAUCCUCAAGGAAUGUUUCGCAACGACUACUUGAAGAAGGCCAUCUUUGGACCAGCACAAAAACUUGAAGUGGACAACAAAAAGACUAACGACGAGUAAAGUCGCCCUGGCGACCAACUAGCUUCUCUGGGUAUGGGAGGGAAGUGGGGGGAUAAAAUUUGUUAUCAUGGGACUAUGGUAGAGUUUAUUAUGAGGCAAAACCUCUGGUAACAGUUCCUUUCCCUGAACUUCCGAAAAUCAGAGAAAGGAAGGAUAAGAGAAGGUGAGAAUUGGAGAAGAAACAGGGGAUGUGGGGGGGGGGGGGGUGAAAAGCUCCUUUUCGUCACUCCCCCCUACUUCGUUCCCUUCCCAAAUAGUUUUCAGUCCAUUUGCUACAUGCUCUUCUCUACGUAUUACUAAAAAUACUUGAGGAGUUUCAAAAGUAACUUAAAAUAAUACAAAUUAUGUCAGGUUUGGGAUAAUUCGACGUGUAAAACCUGAUGAAAAGAACCAAAAUUUUCCGUAUUAUGAUAUAAUUGAAAAAGGUAACUAAUUAAAAGGCAAAAAGUUAUUUAUCGCUGACCAUGUUGUUCAACACAUGGAUAUUACGAUGAUAGUGCUUCGAUCGAAAAACUACGCAUUACAAGUGGUAUCAGUAAAUGUUUACCACCGGAAGAGGGGGGGGAGGGGGUGAGGGAGUUGAGGAUUUUUUCUUGUUUACUCACGGCAUGAACAAUAAUUAGUUGAGUUAAAUAAUAAACACACAGUAGUCUCUUUCCGGUCGCCAUGACAGUGGUGUCACUAUUUCUAGUUUUGCUUGUGUAAUAAUGUGAUAUACAUUAGUAAAUUUAUUGAUGCUAUAGGGUCUUAAAAUGUUUCUUAAUUAACUGUGAUAUUGAUAAAUCUGAAUGAUGUGUUGACGAAUUCAGGAAGCAGUACGUACGUCAAAGCCUUAAGUGUGGUCUUUAAAGUUUUACGUUAAAGUUAAUACCCCAGAAAUAUUAAAAUUAAAAUAUUGAGACUAACAAAAAAGUUACCAAGGUUUUCACGAACACAGGUUAUUAAGAUUCAGUAAUAUAAUAUAAGGCAUUCAGAAAGUGUUCACGUGAACACUGAAUCUGUUAACUUAUGUAGUGUGGUUUGCAUAUAGACCAUACAAUAUUGCAAUGUGUAUAACGCAUUUCCUGGUUAUUAACACAUUUUUAUCGUGACGGAAGCUUCUUAUUAUUUUAUUUAUUUAUUUGUGAUGUAAGAAUAUCUUAAGAGCGCACCCAAGAGAAUACACUUUAGCAAGUUGUCAAAUUUCUUCGCGUAAUAGUUGUCUUAUUGCUAACAUUGUGUUCAGUGCUGAACGAGAUUUACAUUUUGCGUACGUGAUGUAUAGUUGUUAGAUAGUGAGAUAUUGUUGAGUUGUUGGACAAGCUUAGUCCAAUUUCACAAAUACUAAGUAACGGGAAAGUACUCUACUUGCUGUUUUUUAUUGUUAAAGAUAUAUAGUCUUGAGUAGACCUGCCGUUAUGGAAUGGCAAUCUUUGUUGAAUUAUUUUGUAGCGAACUCAGUUAUGAAGCGUUGGUGAUGCACACUUCUCACAUUUCGGAAUAUUUUAUAAUGGUGGCAUCGUGUCACAUAGCAGUAUUCGCUGUAACCGAGAACAAUAUGUUUUACAUCCAAACAGAAAAAUUAAACCUUUCCUACUGAA